UGCAUCGCUGCAGCUGCUUAACCAUAUCCUGUUUCUGUGACUCAGAUGGUGAUGGCUAUCGUCAGAGGAGGCUAGCUGAGCUGAAUACAUGCACGGAGUGCUGGAGAGAAAGUAAAUAAAGUGGUUAUCUACUAUGGACGGGUUUGCCGGAGACAUGCUGAGUGGUGGCCGGGCUCUGCUUGGCGAGGACAGCUCAGUGAUGGCCCGUAUGCAGAAGAAAUUUUGGAAGACCAAACAGGUCCUCAUCAAAGCCACGGGCAAGAAGGAGGAUGAGUAUGUGGUGGCCUCAGAUGCUGACCUGGAUGCUAAGCUCGAGUUCUUCCGCUCCGUUCAGUCUACGUGCACAGAGCUGCUGAAGGUGAUCGAGAAGUAUCAGCACAGGAUCACACGCUUAUCUCAGGAGGAGAAUGAGCUCGGCCUGUUCCUGCGAUUCCAAGCCGAGCACGAUCGCACAAAGGCUGGAAACAUGAUGGAUGCCACUAGCAAGGCUCUGUGCGCCUCUGCCAAACAGAGGAUGGCACUUUGUCCGUCACUGCACCGUUUGCACCAGGAAGUGGAGACGUUCCGGCGGCGUGCCAUUUCGGACACACUUUUGACAGUAACCUGUAUGGAGAAGGCCCGCACAGAGUACAGAGGAGCUCUGCUCUGGAUGAAAGAUGUCUCCCAAGAGCUCGACCCAGACACCUACAAACAGCUGGAAAAGUUUCGCAAGGUCCAGGCGCAGGUAAGAGGGACAAAGAGCCAGUUUGAAAAGCUGAAGAACGAUGUGUGUCAGAAGGUGGACAUGCUGGGAGCAAGCCGCUGCAAUAUGCUCUCCCACUCCCUCUGUACCUACCAGACCACCCUGCUGCAGUUCUGGGAGAAAACUGCUCAGGCCAUGUCAGAAAUCCACAAGGCCUUCCAGGGACAUGUACCAUACCAGUUUACCACACUCAAGGAUCUGCGGGAUCCCCUGGAGCAAAUCUCAGACUCUAAAAAACAAGAGGAGAAAGAGAAGGCAGCACUGCAGAGCAACACAGAAAGUCUGCUUUCCUUGGAUGAUGACAACCUGUCAGGAAGUGCCACCGAUGCAGACCUCCCACUCAGUAGUGAUGGGCAGAGGCAGACCGAUGACUGCGCCCUGCAAAACCUCAGUGGACUGUCAAGAAGCUCUGAUGAUGACCUGAUGCUUAUGGCCUGUGACAUGCCACAGCCCACAGCCCCAGCAAAUGCCCUACACCAGCCUCGGGGCUUUGGAAACCUCGAGUUUGGCCUCUCACAGCUGCCUGCCACCGAUGGGAGUCUGCACACUGGCUGUCAGCCACACCCUGCCGGGACGAACCCGAAAAAGGAGGAGGAGGACGGUGAACCAGGGGACAUGGCCUUCCUCAAAGACCUUCUUAGCCCUGGUUCAGGAGCUAGCGAUGAGUUCAGCAAAGAAUGGCAGGAUGCUUUUGGGAUGUUUACCUCUCCCAGUGUCCCCACAACCAGCCAAGGAGCACAGACUGGUGCAACAGCAGCACGUCCACCCUCUAACCCCCCUAGCCCCACAGGCUUUCUGCCCUCCCAGCUGCUGGAUCACAGUUUGAGCUCCACAGGUUGGGCAACCCCUCCUAUGUUCCAAGCUCCACCCCUGCAGGUUCCUCAAAGUCCAAACCAAUCAGCUCAGCCAGCUCCCAAAUCUGCAGCUGCCCCUGGGGGAUCCAAAGACAUGUCUGCCUGGUUCAACCUGUUUGCAGACCUCGACCCUCUUUCCAACCCUGAUGCCAUUGGACGAUCCGCAGACGAGCUGCUCAAUGCCUGAAUAUGUGCUUGUGUGUGUAUGUGCGUGCAUCUUCUCUCCCCAAGGAUUCUUUGCAAUGUUCCAUGUCAUCAUUCAAGUAAACAAAGACGAACAGUGAGAAAGACGCAAAUGAGUAAAAGAUGGUGUUUUAAACAGGAGAUAUUGUCAGUGAAGACUGUUAACACUACCUGUGAAGCCGCUGAGUCAUGUACAUAGCAAACCUCAUGUUUUGGGUUUCGGGUUUAUUUUUGUGGGUCACUGUCAGGGACUCAAAAUGUCUCAUCAUAGGAUAUAUUACAUGUUUUACACUAUUUUAUAUAGUGUAUCUCCAGCUGCACCAGGAACACAGUAUAUCACCAUCACUGAAGAAACUUUGAAUCUUUGCGUCUGCAUUACUUUGAUUUACUUUAUUGAUAGAGCUCUUUAAUAACUGGCCUGCAUUGUAUGCUUAAUCAGCUGGAGUUAGAGGACUCUGUGCCUGCACUCUAUCUGUCCAUCUUCAUCUCUGAUUUCACUCAAACUGGGUCAAAAUGUAUGUUUGAAAUAGUCUCAUCUGUUGUUUAACAAUCACAAAUCCAGGGCCAAGAAAAAUCUGUGAAGGAUUUAUUCUGUACUUUUGAAGGAAAUUUUGGCCAUGGGAUAUUAAUUGUUAUUGGUACAUAAAAAUGUACUGAUUUACAAAUGACAGCACUAUCACUGGUCGGAGAAACAGAUGUUUUUGUUGUGCAGCGUACUGUAAAGAUGGAAGAAAAGCAACACUAUCAAGUAACACUGUAACUGACUAUUUUAACUUUGUGUCUUGUGUAUUUUGAAGAUACACAGAUAUAUGGUUUAUAUGGAGGAAUCAACUCUGGAGAGCUGUUACCAUGUCACAUAUUUAAAAAAACAUGGAUCCCUCACUUGAUGUGGAUUUAGUGAUUGUACUUCUUUGAGUGCGAAAAACUGCAGAAACCCGCAUUUCUGAGUAUUUAUAAGUUUAGUGAAAAAAUGUGCAGAGCUGUGUUUCUAAAACAGAUUUGAUGAAAACGAGUUAUCAUGUAAAUAUUCUCUCCACAUGCACAGACUGAAACCAAAUCCUUAGUUACGAUAUAUGUGUGCCUGUACAACCACACUCAGUUGAGCUAAGGUGAUAAGACUGUGUCUCUCGAAGUUGAGCAACUCACAAAAUGACUUAAUACCAGCUGCAUAUUAUUAUCUCAGCUUUUGGGAAUACAAACAAACCUCACUACUACUCAGCAACUGAGGCAAGGGGACAAGAAAGCAAGAAGGAAGCCUGAUAUAUAUAUAUAUAUAUAUAUAUAUAUAUAUAUAUAUAUAUAUAUAU